CCCCUUCCCCUUUCUGUUCUCUCUGUGCAGAUGUCCAACUACAAGCGUGCAACUUUUGAGGAGGAGGAAGCAGCAGACAUCCCAGCUGACGGAGCCCUCUCCCCAGACAGCGUGGAGGUGGGUUUUCGGAAGGGUGGGAUCCAACUCUUUGGUCCUCUUGGACGGAGAACGCAGCUGGAAGUAGUCCUGGCUGGCUUACUCCUUGCCUCCCUCCUGGCCCUCUUUGGCUGUGCAGUCACGCUAGGGGUCCGUUACAACACAGAUCCUGCACAUAGCCUGUGUCUGACUGAAGCUUGCGUGACUGUGGCCAGUAAGAUAGUGGAGGCUCUGGACCGUACCGUGGACCCCUGUCAGGAUUUUUACCAGUAUGCCUGCGGGGGCUGGAUCCGCAAAAACCCCCUCCCCGACGGACGCUCCCGCUGGAGUACCUUCAAUAGCAUCUGGGACCAAAACCAGGCUGUGCUCAAACACCUACUGGAGAAUGGCACGUUCAACUCCAGCAGCGAGGCCGAGAGAAAGACUCAGUUGUACUACCUGUCCUGUCUGAAUGAGCAGCGCAUUGAGGAGCUUGGGGCCCAGCCACUUAUUGACCUCAUCGCUAAGACGGGGGGUUGGAACAUCACCGAGCCUUGGGACAAAGACAAUUUUAUGGAGGUUCUGAAGACGGUGUCUGGUCCUUACAGAGCUCAGCCAUUCUUUACCGUCGGGGUCAGCGUAGACCCAAAGAACUCCAACAGCAAUGUCAUUCAGGUUGACCAGUCAGGUCUUUUCCUGCCUUCCCGGGACUAUUACCUCAAUAAGACGGCCAAUGAGAAGGUUCUGAAGGCCUACCUGGAGUACAUGGUGGAGCUGGGCCUUCUCUUGGGUGGAGAUAAGAACUCCACUCAGAGUCAGAUGCAGCAGAUUCUGGACUUUGAGACGGCGCUGGCUAACAUCACUGUGCCUCAGGAUGAACGCAGGGAUGAGGAGAAGAUCUACCAUAAGAUAACCAUCGCUGAGCUGCAGUUGCUGGCCCCGGCCAUUGAUUGGCUGGACUACCUGAACGCGGUGCUGUCUCCGCUGGAGCUGAACGACACUGAGCCUGUGGUGGUGUACGCCAAAGAGUACCUCCAGCAGGUCUCCGACCUCAUCAACAAAACCGACCGCAGUUUACUUAAUAACUACAUGAUGUGGAAUCUGGUUCAGAAGGGUGCCUCCAGUCUAGACCAGCGCUUUGAGAAUGCCCAAGACAAGCUACUGGAGAGUCUUUACGGCACCAAGAAGUCCUGUACUCCACGGUGGCAGACCUGCAUUGGUAACACAGAUGACACACUGGGCUUUGCACUGGGCGCUCUCUUCGUCAAAGCCACGUUCGACAAACAGAGCAAGGAGAUAGCAGAGGGAAUGAUCAAUGAGAUUCGCACGGCUUUUAAGGAUGCCCUGGACAACCUCAGCUGGAUGGAUAAAGAAACCAGACAGGCAGCUAAGGACAAGGCGGAUGCCAUCUACGACAUGAUUGGCUUUCCUGACUUCAUUUUGGAUUCCAAAGAACUUGACGACGUCUAUGAUGGUUACGAAGUUUCAGAGGACAACUUCUUCCAGAACAUGCUCAACUUCUACAACUUCUCAGCUCGAGUAAUGGCAGACCAGCUUCGCAAGUCACCCAACAGAGACCAGUGGAGUAUGACGCCUCCGACGGUUAAUGCGUACUACAUGCCAACCAAAAAUGGCAUUGUCUUUCCUGCGGGCAUCCUGCAGGCUCCAUUCUAUGCCCAGGAUCACCCCAAAGCGUUGAACUUUGGAGGCAUAGGAGUGGUAAUGGGACAUGAGCUCACGCAUGCCUUCGAUGACCAGGGCAGAGAGUAUGAUAAAGACGGCAACCUGCGCCCGUGGUGGCAGAAUUCCUCUGUGGAGGCUUUUAAGAAUCGGACUGAAUGUAUGGUGGAGCAGUACAGUCAAUACACCAUAAACGGCGAACACAUAAACGGCAAACAGACGCUCGGAGAAAACAUAGCGGACAACGGGGGCCUGAAGGCCGCCUAUCACGCGUAUAAGUCGUGGGGACAGAGGAACGGAGAGGAAAAGAGACUGCCUGCUGUCAAUCUCACCAACGACCAGCUUUUCUUCGUGGGCUUUGCGCAGGUGUGGUGUUCGGUGCGUACCCCGGAGAGCGCCCACGAGGGACUGAUGACCGAUCCGCACAGUCCCCCCAAGUACCGCGUCAUCGGCACCCUGUCCAACUCGCCGGAUUUCGCCGAACACUUCCGCUGCCCCAAGGGCUCGCCCAUGAAUUCGGGCCACCGCUGCGAGGUGUGGUAGGGGGGUGGGGGCCAGGACCUGACAGAACCCAGGACCCAGCAGCUUGGCUUGCACA